CUCUCUCUCAUCUCCGUGCCCAAUUUUGGAGCCAGCCCUCCUUGGAUGCCCUGGCCAAUCAAGAGACCACACAUUGUUGCCUAAGAGACCCCGGAUGCCAGCGACAAGAUUUAUAGAUGGUGAUUGGACUGCUGGGAGCAGUGAGGUGGGGGCUGGAAGGAAGCAAAGAAAACUGCCCUAGCGCAGCGAUGGCAACCCCAGAGCCAGAGGCUUGAAGAAGGAGGCCGGCAGCUGAGGUGUAGUCUUUCUGAUGGAAGAAUACCAGAUCCUUUCAUGAUGGCCUUUGCACCUCCAAAAAGCACUGAUGGCUCCAAAAUGCAGACAAAGAUGAGCACCUGGACACCCCUAAACCAUCAACUUCUGAAUGACCAGGUGUUUGAAGAACGAAGAGCUCUGCUUGGAAAAUGGAUCGGCAUGGAGGUGUGGGAAAAAUUGAGACACAGUUUACACAGCAAUAUCCGAAGGGAGUCUCAGGCUUCAUUCAUUCCCGAGGAUCACCCGUGUUUAUUAUUUAAACACCUUUUAUUCCCCAAGUUUGACAAAUGGACAGACUCUCAAAGGAGAAGAAUCCUUACAGGCCUUCUAGAGCGCUGCUCCCUGGCCCAGCAGAAGUUCUGCUGUCGAAAGCUGCAGGAAAGAAUUCCAGCGGAGGCCCUGGAUUUUACUACCAAGCUGCCAAGGGUGUUAUCCGUCUAUAUCUUUUCCUUCUUGGACCCCCGGAGCCUUUGCCGUUGUGCACAGGUGAGCUGGUACUGGAAGAGCCUGGCUGAGCUGGACCAGCUCUGGAUGCUCAAGUGCCUGCGCUUUAACUGGUACAUCAACUUCUCCCCAACCCCAUUUGAGCAGGGCAUCUGGAAAAAGCACUACAUUCAAAUGGUGAGAGAACUUCACAUCACCAAACCCAAGACACCUCCAAAGGAUGGGUUCAUAAUUGCCGACGUUCAACCCGUUCCCGGCAGCUCUCCAGAGGGAAAGCAGUCCCCUUCGUUAGCUUUGCGAUCCUCCGCCUCCUUAAGAAAGAAGAAUAACCCAGGGGAGAAAGAGCUUCCGCCGUGGCGAUCGUCGGAUAAGCAUCCCACUGAUAUCAUCCGCUUUAAUUAUCUAGACAACUGUGACCCCGAACACCUCUGGCAAUGCAGAAGAAAAAGAAACGAAGUGACCCCCCACUUCAAGCGGCAGUUUCGAGAUCAGAAAAACAAGCUUGAAGACGGUGUCAGGCUCAGGAAAGCACGGUCGCUGAGGCCACAAUUGUGAUUAAAAUUACUUUAGAUCAAAUACCAAAGGUAAGCCAUUCCAUUUGUGAAUCCAAAUUUUAAGCCAAUAAUUCUUGUUUACUCUCUCAUCUUUUUCUUUGAACUUUGGAAAAUAUGGUUCCUUAACACCGAAGAAGUCACAAAAGGAAAUUUAGAGUGGUUUCCUUGCUUCAAUAAGUGCUUUCAAAUUCCGGCAAAUUCUCCCCAUUUUUUUUUUUUUUUAAAUAACAUCUAUUUGGAUUGGAUUUGCAAAGCUACCCAUUUCCACAGGAGAGAUUUAAAAUCCUUUCAUUCCACCAAGGAAACAUCUGGGGAUUUCAUUUGGAAAGAAGCAGAAAGAAUGUGGCUAGACAUGGAGAUAAAAUUGGGUUCUUUUCCUAAAUGGCAUGACUGUGGGUGAGUUACUUGGUCUCUCUAAGCCUCAUUUUCUCCAUCUGUAAAAUGGGAAUCAUAGUUUAUCUUGCAGGGUUAUUGUUAGCACAUAAAUAUAAGGUCUCAGUUAAGG